AUGACUAAAUUUGCUGGUUGUAUUGAUUUGCAUGGAGGUGAGGUUAAGCAAAUUGUUGGCGGUACUCUCACGGAGAAGGAUGAUUCACUAAGAACUAAUUUUGUAUCUAAGCAUAAAUCCGACUAUUAUGCUUCACUUUACAAAAAGUAUAACGUUACAGGAUGCCAUGUAAUCAAAUUGGGUCCCAACAAUGACGAAGCUGCUAAACUAGCUCUUCAGGCGGCACCCAAGUUUUUGCAAGUUGGCGGUGGCAUUAACGACACAAAUUGUCUGGAGUGGUUAGAAUACGCAAGUAAAAUUAUAGUUACUAGUUGGCUAUUUGAUAAACAGGGACAUUUCCAAUUGGAUAAUUUGAAAAAAAUCUCACAAUUGUGUGGUAGGAAUAGGUUAGUUGUCGAUUUGAGUUGUAGAAGGGUUAAUGACGGCUGGGUAGUCGCAAUGAAUAAAUGGCAAACUCUAACGGAUUUACCACUUAACAGAGAAACAUUAAAAUCUCUAAGUGCGUACACAGAUGAGUUUCUAAUACAUGCCGCUGAUGUAGAAGGUCUUUGUCGUGGAAUUGAUGAAGAAUUGGUCUCGCAGCUAUCACAGUGGACUGAAGAUCUUGAUGUUAAGAUAGUUUAUGCUGGUGGUGCUAAGAGUGUUCAAGAUUUGCAGCUGGUUGAUAAAUUGAGCAAGGGCAAGGUUGACCUAACUUUUGGUAGCUCUCUUGAUAUUUUUGGCGGAUCCUUGGUUAAGUUUCAGGAUUGCAUCGAAUGGAAUAAAACGCAUUAA